AUGUCUUCGUACUACGAACCUCAGGGCUGGCAAGCACCUGCUGCGCGCCAGGUCUCGUGGGAGCAGCCGGUGCCUCCCUCCCGGUCAGGAUCCAGCUCGGUCUCCCAGCGCGAGGAUUCCCCGGCCUUCUCCUCUCAGUUUGACGAGGUCGACCGUGCGAUCGACAAUCUCGUCAAGAGCGGGAAGCUGUGGAAUGCUCCUCGACGGGACUCGAUGCCCAUGAUGAUGGGCCGGCCCUACCCUGACUACGACCCUCGCAUGGGUGGUGGCCCCCAGCGACACCAUUCGAUCAGCGAGUUCGAUGGCUCGCGGAUGCCCCCGUCCGGCAAUGCCCAGGGCUUCUACGCCUCACAGCGGUACCAGGGUCGUCCCAACGAGGUGGAACAAAUGAUGCAGGCGAAGCGUCGGAUGGCGGCACAGCGUGAGAGGGAACUCCGCAACUAUCACCAGGAACAACAGUACAACCGAAGCCUCCUCGCCGAAAUGUCCGCAAGCAAAUCCGAUCGUUCCACCAGCCCAGCUGCCGUGAGCGAAGACAGCCGCCGCGAGCUCCUCGCCCGCCAGCACCGCGCCCUGUACGGCAACGAAAGCCCUGCCUUCUUCCCGCCUGGUGCCUUCUCCGAUGAUAACUCGCGCCCCGAUAGCCAAGCCGGUGGUGCCACCCCAUCAUCCGGCGUGCGCGGCUCGUCCCCCCGUGGCGUGGACCCAUUCGGCCUGACCCAGGCUGGCACCGCUAGCGCUGACGCAGCUCUGCAGUCGCCCUCCCGUGCCAACAGCACCUCCUCGCCUAGCUCCGCCAUCAACGCCGGCUUUGGCGAGCAGCCCGUUACCUCGACCUCGUCGCCCGGUGCCGACUCGCCUUCUUCCCGCCAGGCCCCGUCCAAGCCCGUCGCCGGCCCUAUCGGCUCCGUCGGCCCUAUUGGUUCCCGCCCCGUCCCUGGUCAAACUACCGCUCCUCCCUCCAACCCAGCAUUGAACAAGCGUUCGACCACCCCACUUCCCUCCCCGCUGGGUCUCGGCUUCACCUCUGCUGACCCGGCCACUGGUCCUGCCACCGAGCGUACCUCGUCCGCCGGUCCUACCCCUGUUGUACCUUCUGCUGUUGGACCCGGAGCCAAGGACCCGGCUGGUGGUGUCAGCCUCGGCUGGAGCAACGGCAGCGGUGUCUGGGGCUCGAAGAGCGGACUCGGCGUCCAGGCAUCAGUCUGGGGCUAA